AUGGCUCUACGAGAUCGGUUUCGCUCCUUUCUUGGCUUAGACGUAGGUAUCUUCAUUAUAUAUACAGACUGUGCUGCCAAUCUAUUUCGAAAUUCAGUUGAAAGGAAAGUAUACUCAAUAGACAAGUGCAAGCUUAUAUUCGCUUAACGAUGAUCAUACUUUCAGCUGAUUGCAUCAAGUAAUACUUUUGUCUUGCCUUGUCAGCGUUCACAGAAAGAUUCUUUCGAUGGAGAUUCUACAGAGAACCUUCCAGAAGUUGUAUAUAAAGUUAGUAUGGCUGAAAUAUUAAGUGCUUGGAAAUAGUGCUUAGUUUUUAAGCUUAAGCUUAUAUGUUUAUAAUUAGCUACUAUAUGGGGUGGCUAAUUGAGUGAUGAUUUCAUUUAUAGGUGUGGGGCUUAGAAUAAAAACAAUAGCCUUUGUUAUUUUAUUAUAACUUAUGUUUAUGAUUGAUAGUGUCCUCAGUUAGUGUUUUGGAACUGGUAAUAUUUUAUCAUUACUUAUAUUGUUGCCAUCAUUAAGUGUAUAUGAAGGGACAUUGGGGUGGGGGCAAAAGAUAUUGGCAAAUACUAAAAUACUAUGUCAAAAAUUGAUGAGAUACCGAUGCUGCAUUUAUGAUCAGUCAUGCUUACUUUAAGUUAUUUCUAUCUAGCGUAUUUAUUCAUCUCAAGCAUGUAUGCACCAGAAACAACCUCAGCCAUAAUUUUGUGAGGAAACGUGACAAGACUUUGAAUUUGUUUACUUUUGGAGAGGGGCAACAUCCUUUUUCCUAAGAGACCUUUUGGGUUAAUUGUUGGCCAAGUUACUGCUUUGCAGCUCAGCUUUCUAAUUUAAAAAAAAAAACAAAAACAAUGAUGCAAUCGCAUAGAUUUAAAAGUGGUGCAGUUUUCUGGAACGCUCUAUGAACAUGUUCACCCAAUUUCUUUUGAAGCAGGCAUCAGGUGCUUUACAGUAUUUUUUCAUUGGGAAGAUUGAUGGUUUUACUUUCUGUGUCUUUUCCUGGUCUUCCCAACUUUUUUCUGUCCAAUCUUGACAUGUGUCAAUUUUUCCUUUUUCGUUCUAACUACCUUAUCAUCUGGGACUACCUUGUAUGUUAAUAGUGUACCAAGAUGGAUUUCACCUGUUAAGCAUGAUUAAGUUCUCUCCACUUGCUUAAAUUCUGUGAUCCUUUGGAAAUUGAAAUUCCAGAAUACACACUUGACAGAGCUGUUAUUGUUAAGAUUAAAUUAUUGUUAAUUAUUAUUAUAACAGCAACAAAAACAACAGUGAGCAUUUUCCCUUAAAUUCUAGUUAUUUACAAUAGUUAUGAACAGUUUUGCUAACAUCAUAAGUCUUCAGGCAUCUGCAGAUAUCUGAUAGGAGUUUUCCUAAAUCUUGACUUCCUGGUAAAAAAAGUCAUUAAUUUUGUGUGACUUGGAAAAGGUUGGCAGGCAUACAAUGGACUAAUAUCCUGUCCACAGAAGCUAGAAUAGCUAUCCUUCAAACUUCAAUAUAAAACAACUAAAUUUUUUCAUGCCCAUCUUUUUUUAGGAUGAUGUUCGGGAAUUCCAAGAUGACCCACGUUCUGAUGAAGAGGUUGACAGAAUAUAAUUUUUCUUAUCAUUUUGUCUUAUUUGAUGUCUUGCUAUGUCCUAGCCGAAUAGUUGCUAUACCUUUGCCAUCAUUAAAAAAGUUCCACCCACAUUCUAAAAAAAGUUUCAAGUUUACUUUUGGUAAAAUGUUAGAGCCACAAUCCUGAGUAAAAGUCUUAGGAUAAAUUUGCAUUUCUCGUGUAUUUUUUUGCAUGUCAUAUUCAUGCAACUGUCUUGGAAAUAGAUAGAAUUACUCGUUCCCAUCACUUCUCGCAUACCGCACAUUUUGCCAUUUGUGGAACACACAUACCUGCAAUUUCUGAAUUUCAACAUUAGGGAACUAAGCAAGUUAAUUUUCAUUCAAAAUGAUCUAAAAUUGUGCAUUUCAGGAGAAAACUCACAUACAAUUUUUAAGGGUGACAUAAAUGAUCAAAACAAAGGUUACUAUUCUUGUAUGCCUGAAAGUGUGAGGUAAUGACUUGUAAUGUAGGUGUCAGGUUUUUGUUGUUCAAGUACAGUAGAUGAAACCACUGAUACUCAAUUCUAAAAUACAUGUUGAUCUUCAGGUUUUAGGGGAAAUAAAAGAGAUCUAUUUCAGUGACAGCUCAUUUGAUUCAAGUGAUCAUGAACUUCACGUAAGUUAUAUGCUUUUAUCAAAAUUGUCUUGAAUUACCUUUGUUAUUAACCUGUGUGGGACAGUCCAGAAGAACUAAGAGAAAACUUAAUCUCAUGUAUGGCCCUGUUUCACAUAGUUCUCAGGUAGCACAGUAUGGACUGUUGGCCAAAUUGCAGAAUGAAGCUCAAUUUGAAACUCAUCUGAAUAAGUGUAGCUGAUAGGCCGAACUGGAGAAAAAAAGAUUAAUUUUUAAAAUUAAUUAUCCAGAAUGAUGUCAUUAAUGUGGACAGGGCAUAAAUCUAACCACUGUGUAGUGUUUAUAGUAUUUUAAGCAGAAUCAUCCAAAAGUACAACUCAUCACAUAAGUAUUUUUUGUUGACAAAUGUUUGCACAAUACUUUCAGUACACAUUCUGUGACAUAUUUUUCAAGUGUAUUACCAGUAAAAGUGUAGUCAAGUGAUUCAUUGUCCACUGUUGAUAACAUUAUUGUCACCGGCCUCUGGACUCACAAAUUCUAUUUAUAGCCAGUAUUAAGUAAAAGUAUUCAGAAAAAAAAGCAGGAAAAACUAUAUCAAGUAAUGAUGUUAAAAUUUUGAAAGAGGUCUUGGGCAUUCAUUUUGUCUCAUUUUUUUUUGUAAUUACAGCAACUUCCUGAAGUUCUUGACCUUGAUGACCUUGAUGAUUAUCGCAAUAAUCUUCGAAGGCAACUCCAGGCGGUGAGACUAAAAGCCAGAUUAUUAAAACCCACUAAUUUAUGCAGUAAUAAAAAAGGCACUAUUCCUUCUUUAACCAUAAUGAUUGAUUAUAGUAUAGAAAGGUUCUGAAUUCUUUGUUCUAAUGUGGAUAAAAGAUACGCCUUAAAAAAGCGGUCCCAUUUAUGGUAACAUGCCUUUCAAGUACCUUAAAGACAACUGAUGAACGAUAGAGAUUCUGCAAAGCUGGGACAAAAGUGUUUUAUUUGAUGCAAAAAGGGGGAUCAAGAUUUGGACAACGAUGAUGAUACUUUAACUGCCAACUACUAGCUCCAACAGGGUGCAGUUACAACAGCAGUCACAUCAAUAACCACGGUCUUAAAUGUUCCCAAGCAAAGGGUGUAAUCCUAGUGGCAUCUCUCAUUGAACUUUUUUUAAUCUUCAACAUCACUGUAGCUGCCUCUGCACAUUAUAUUUCUUCAGGGGCUUUCUCUGAGAAGACUAAACUUGUGCGAUGUGACUGAUCAUGCAGUGAAAUCACUUCUUUAUAGUUCCCCUUUUCUGUGAGAUGCACUUCCAAUAAUUACAAUUAGGUUUCUUCAUUUAGAAAGUAAUAACAAAUUAUUUGAUAUCACUACAAAUAUUAUCUCCAACUGAUGAAGCAGUAUUCACUUUGUCUUGAAACUUUGUUGUCAAAAGGUGAGUCAUUCUCACUAAUGGUCCUUGUUGGAGCUGCUUGCACCUUGGAGAUAAUACAAUGUACCACACCUCUAAUCAAUGUACAAGAAAGAAAAAAAAAUAGAAAGCUGUAUUAUAAUGUAAUUUGUGAUCUUUCAUGCAACUUUUUCAGGUCUCUAAGACACUAUACAAAAAAGUAUUGGAUAAUCACAACCAAUUUGUGCAGGUAACAUGUCACUGUGCAUCAAAAUCACGCUAUGGCUUGUGUUGAGCCACUGUACGGUAAACAAGUAUGUGCAACCACGUCCAGGAAAAGUGGUUCAGUUGUGAUCACAAGCGAUUAAACCAAGAAUUUAACUGAUAAAUGACUGUCAAACUUAUAAAUACAGCAGCAAGAUUAAGAAGAGAAUUAAAACAAGAGCAACCCAAAGAAAAGCAACAACAAUGUUAUGGGAAAGCAAGAACAUGAGCACCCAAAAUGACGAAGCAAUCCUUAACAUAACACAAAGAACCUUGAUGUUUAGUCAUAACAAAUGGAAGUAAAGCGAAAAUAUAAACCUAGCACAAAUCAUCUUAUUGACUAUUCUCCUUCGAACUUGUUCACAAAAUCAAUAAACGAAAGGAAAAGAAAACAAUUAUUCAGUUAUCCAUUGCACAGCUAAUAGCCUUUUGCAAGUCUCUGUCUCUGAAAAUGGGGGAUCAUAUCUAAUUAUCUUUAACACUAAGUAAUAAUUAAUAAUCAACUUCAGUUACACACUGCAUUCAUCCUUUGAUUGAUAUUGUGUCUGAGGAAACUUGAUAUAACUCACCGACCUAACAUUUUUUUUGACAAGAGCCCUCUCAGGAAGUCAGUAAAAGAUCAGUAUACUGAUAUGAACCCAUUCUUGUCAUACAUCAUAUUGUUAAAUUCUUUCUGAUAUUAAGUGCACUAUAGCAUAGGGUGGGGUUAUAGAAAAUUUUUAAUUUGUAGUUUGUCAAAUAUUUUUUUAGGAAUUACAAAGAGUAAUGGACCUACAGGAAUCCUUACACACAGCUUCUUCAAUAUGUGACAGAGGGAGAAGGUUUAUGAUUAAAUCAAUUUUUAUAAACUUUGGCUGAUAAAGUAACAGUAUUUUCAGUGGAACUCCAAGUUUAAAUAUCCUUGUUGAGCAGAGAACUUAUAUUUUGAGUUGCAUAAUUUUUUUGCAGACAUUUAGACCGCGCCAAGAGAGGUGUGUCUGUUGGGGGCUUAGGAAUUUUAGCCAAACAUCGGAAAAAACAGCAUCUACUUAUCCUGCUUGACUCCUUAAGGACAAUCAAAACACUGGUAAAGAAUAGAGUUUUUUAUUGAAUGGAGUAAAUUUUUCAGUGGUUUAUUUUUUUAUUUUUCUGGGUGCUAAUUAGAGGAUGGCUGCAUGGCAUAGCUACUUAAUAGAAGUAUCACUCAAAAGUCUGUAUUUUACCCAGUCCAGUGUCAAGUGUGGAUAAUCUUGAAGUUUUCUGCUUGUGAAAGUUAAUUGUGAAAAUUGCAGGACAUAGCACAGGCGCAUUAAUUUUGCAGGACAGCUGUUCAGGUGUGGCAAUGUUGCAACCGUAGUUACCGCACUUGAGCUACAGUUUGUUAGUUGUUUCUAUGAACGGAAUUAAUCAGUAUCAUGUGUAUCAUGGGCGUCCAAAAGCGAGUGUCUCAGGUUUGAUCUUACAAUUAAUGAAUUUUUUCUUCUUUUAAUUUCCUCAGCAAAAAACAGAUGUUAGGCUUAAAGAGAUGCUUGAGGUAAUUAUGAUUGGACAACAAUAUUAUUGACUGACCUCAUGCAAAAACGUUUCUCAUGGUUUGCCGUUUUUGAAUGGAUAGCCAUUCAUAUGUCAUUCAUCAGCUAUUCAAACGGAGUGGGUUAUUAAUGCUUAGAAUUUUUUUAAACAAUUUUUAUUAAAUAUCAUACAUGUAAAUGUUUGAGGACUGGACUGUUAGUUACAGGUUGCAUCAUAGGAUUACUGUAUGACUGAUGUUAAAUGCAAAGAUAUCCAGUUUGAUUUUGAUUAUAAUGUGCUACACCAGUUGUUGCUGUUAAAUCUUUAAUUUGCAGGAAGAAGACUACCCAGGUGCUAUCAAUUUGUGUCUAGAGUGUGAGAAAGCAGCACAAGCAUUCAAACACUACAGCUGCAUAAGGUACAUGUACAUUUAUUUUAUACAGCUUAAUUCACUCCUCACACUCAAGUUUACCUAUAUAACCACUGUGAGCAGUCAUGAUGAGACCGAAUUGAAUAUGCCUCUUACUCCCCAGUGUGAUUACCACAUGAAACACUGUAUUUACUUGAAUAAAACUCCCCAAGUCAACGAUGAAUACAUGAAACAAGUUUUAUUUAGGCUGGUGAAUGAAAGUUGUAGUGGCAAAGAAUUGUUUUAAAAUUGUUUUCUUAUUUACUUUUAAUCUUUUUGGUACUUUCUAUAAUAUAUGGGGAGGCUCCGCCCAAAAGGGUAACUUUUUCAGGUUUCAGGUAUAUGAAAGGGUAGGGAUUUCACUAGUUGAAGUAUAUGAAAAGGUAAAAAGGCUUAAAGGGGAUAAAAAUGGCUUAAAACGGGGGAUUUAUUCAUAUUUAAAUAGACAGUGCAUUUUGAAAAGGAUGGCUAAACUGGGUAAAAAGUACCAUUAUUUUGAGAAAACGUUCUAAAUGGUAUAUUUUGGCAUGACAAUUUUUUUCAAAUGAACCCUUUUCAGUGAAAAAACUUUGACAAUUCAAAUGAAUCCUUUUCAGUGGUACUUCCACACUUGUGGCACUAUUUAUUUAGAAUUUGUAAUUCUAAUUUUUGUACCAUUCAAAUGAAACCACUUCAGCAGUACUCUGAUACUGUACCACUGUUUUUUAUCAGGAAUUUUAUUAGGGAAUUGGAAAGUUUUACAAUAAGAAAAUCAUAAAUUCUGAUGUUUUAUAGAGAAGCUCUUGUCACAACCAAUGUUUUCAAAACCUCCGUAAUAUUUUCCUUUUAAACACACAGUGAACUGAGUUCCAAUCUCCAAGAGACACUGAUAGAUAUUGAGGUAAACUAUUAAACUCUUCUGAGAAUAUUUCAGUCUUCUCCUUGUGAAUUUGUAGAUGUAAAUUAUACCCUUAUUAAAACGGCUGUGCCACUAGGAUAUUGCUGUUUUAGGUCAAUUCUGUGCUGAAGUGAUUUCUUAUUGCCUUUACUCCAUACACAAAAUGCUCCUGUAGAGCAAGAUAAAAUAUAUCAAACAGAUUUUAUAAGCGAGCACCAACCAAAAUAUUUUAUUGGGAUAAGUUUUGCAGGCAAUGCGUUAAAACUUGAAAAAGUUGGCCCAACUUUUCCAAGUUUCAAUCCAUGUCCAUCCUUGCCAUCUGUUUGCACCAUACGGCAGAAAACAGUUUCAGUGCUUUAAUAUAGUCUUAAAAAACAAACCUGGACCAUUAUUUUUGAAAUUCAAUGGAUGUGAGAAAAGUUUUGGCUUUUUCUUUUUAAAAAGAUAAACAAUUAGCGUGACAUACUAGCCCCUUUAAUGAUAAUGAUGAUAAUAAUGAUGCUUUCUCUUCUCUGUCUAAUUCACAGAAACAACUUGAUGUAGCCCUGGGAAAAAUAUGCAAGAACUUUAAUCCAGUGAAUUAUGAGCGUUUGCUGACAGCCUAUAAAUACCUGGGAAAGACAGAGAUAGCUUUGGAUCAACUGAUCAUACACUUCAUGACGGCCAUCAAUCAUGAAUCAUUUUCUGUUGUUUUGGAUCACACAGGGGUAUGUGCAGUUUAAAAUUCAUCGCGGCCGCUGAAUGGAAGCGCUGAAGGCUCAUUUAUACAGGGUUAACCUCGACCUAAGGUAAAUAUAUUCACAAAUUCCAGUGAGAAGAAGACCUGUGCACAACUGUGUCGAUUGUGUUGAAUACAAAUUCAGGCACCUUCUCGCCAGUAGUUGCGAAUAUUUUACUUUAGGUCGAGGCUAACCCUGUAUGAAGCAGUGAGUCUUCAGUGUUUCUAUUCAGUGGCCGCGACGGAUUUGAAACUGGACUGUUAGGCUAUGUUCAUACCAUACCGGGUAGCUUUUGCGCCCGCAUUAAAACCAUACCGGACACUAGGGCUUCUGUUCGCACUUAACUACGGUGAUUCUGGCGCGAUUUCCGUAACGGAGCAAAGCUGCGCUGCGCUGAUCUCUAAAGUGGAGAGUCAGAUAUCGGAUAGGUGUUCAUAGAAUACCGGCUAGAUUUUCGUGUCGGCACGAAAAGGUAGCCUGUAUUUUGUGAACAUUAGGGAGCUCAAGCAACAACGGCGGCGACGGCUUCGGAAACGUCACUUAAAAAGUGAAUUCGCACUGCUUCAAACUUUAUCGCGCUUAUUCCAUCUCGUUUAAUUCGUCAAAUGCGGGCAAACUUUUUUGGAGUUGAAUUCUAAAGGACUGUAUCAAAUUUUAAGAAAAGUAAAAGAAACUAUGAGGUGUUGUUUUGUGUUCCCGUCCUCGACAAAACGUGAAAUUAGGCACUUUCACGUUGUAGUCGUGCAACGACGGCUAAGAAAUGUACAAAAAAAGCGUGAGGUACGUGCAAAGUUGUUGUUUUGCUGAUUAAACGUGUGGUUCUUUGAAGUUCUCGUUGCCGUCGCCGUUGUGGCAUCUUAAACUCCCCAUUACCUCAGCAAAACCUUGAUUGUUUAAUACUGUUAUGUUUCUUUUUCUUCUUACAAUCCCUAGGAAUAUUCUGCUGAAGCGCUCUCUGAAGACAGUUUUCAGCACUUUCAUUUUGAAGAACAGUGCAAGGUAAUCACAGGUUUUUUUAAAAUAAAUAACCGAGUAGCCAACUUUACUCUCCUGAGAGCUUGUGCAGUAAGGCCUAGGCCUUCAUGAGACGAACCAAACUCAAGCAGAUGGAUAGAACGUGUUGGACGAUCCAAACUCAUUAAGACGAACUAAAGUGAGCCAGACUACGAACUUUUAACGAACUUAAUCACUAAGUUUGUUUCGCCUCAUGGAAAGUUCUACGUUUGGCCUGGGCCCAAGCGAGUUUUGCAAACGUUCAGAGGUACAACACCAUCGCAGAGGUCAGGGUUCGAAGAGGGUAGAAAUUCUGGAUUUUUUGAACCCUUUUUCCGUGGUAGAUUUAUUUACCUAACACAAACAUUGAAGAGAUUUAGAAUCACGUCUACGGCAACCGGCAAACGUCAAAUUCAAGUUGACAAUUUCGCAGAAAAGGAACUGAACAGAUAAAAACUGCGUAAACUUACUCUUAAGGGAUGAAACUGCUUUUUUUUUCUUUGUAGAACUAAUGAGCAGCAAACGACAUGUAAAGGGGAAACUCGGUCACUUUCUUGGCACCCCUCUCGAGAAUCUUCAUUUUUGAAGGAGGUGGGGUUUCUUGGAAGAAGAAGAAGAAAUUGGCGUUUGUCGUAAAGUGCAUUCUAAAUCUCCAUAUUGUCACGACAUCAAAAGGAGAUCUAGUUCAAACUUUUCAAAUGUGAAACAAAUGUUUACUUGCAUGAGAGCAAGGCUUUCAUAUCAAAGGUAAAAUGAGGCAGAAGGUAACUAGCAAAUGACUUUUUAACAGAGAAAAAAGGUUUUCUUCACUUCAUUUUUACCAACUUAACUUUCCGUUGCAGAAAGUAAGUGUGGAUCAAUUUACCCCAUGUUUAUUGGAUCUCUGUAAGGUAUGAUAAUGAUUAAAGGGUAGCGGUUAUCAUUACGUACAGUAAUCAGAUCAAUAGAAAGGAGAAGUCGUUACGUCACGUUGCCAUGGUAGCAAAAUUUCUGAAUGACAACAAAUCAAAACGUCACUUAAGAAGUGGAUUCGCUUUGUUUCAAACUUCAUCGAUGUCAAUUUAAUCUUAAUUUCAUCGAUUUCAUUUAAUUUGUCGAAUGUUGGCGAAAUUUUCUGGGUUGAAUCCGAAAGGACCGUGUCUAAGUUUAGAAAAAGAAAAAGAAAAUUUUUGUGUUGAGCUCACCUACUCGAUAAAGUGGGCGAGUGAAAUUGUACCAAAAAGCGUGAUGCACCUGCAAAGGUUUUCUUUUGCCAAUCUAAACCUAUUUCUUUCUUGCUGUUGCAAAAACUCCGUAUUGUUGUGAUAUAGAAAUUUUGCUACCAUAGUAACGUGACGUCACACUUCUCCUCUCUAGUUCCUCUAUACAGAGGGUUCCCUAUUGGGGCUCUUCAAUCCCGCCACCCCGACCCAAAUUUUCGCUCAAUCCCUUAAUCCCGAGGGUUAUUUUCGGUAUCCUUCAAAAUGCCACUUCUCAGAUAAGAGGACGACAAUUUACCGAAGUUAAGGUAACACAACGUAUAUUUAGGUUUAAAACAUGCACAUAUUAAGCGAUGUAUCGCUACAGAUGAAGCAAACGGUAAAUACAGUACAUUUACCAUAAAAUUACAUCGGUUACACAAACAGAUUCUGUGGGCCCCCUGUGGAGAAACUGAGCCACGUAACAUUUCUUCAGAAAUCUGAUCAUAUUGGUAACGGCCAUUCUACUAACUUCUUCCCCACUUGAGCAACUCCUCGAGACCGACCGCGCGUGGAACGGAUCUGAUAACGUCACUUCCGAAAAUGAACCGAAGCAUCAGUAGCUUACUCCGGAAUUCACCAGUAAGUUAUUGGCUUGUGGAGUACCCUGAAAUGACGUCGUUGCAUCUAGUUCCCUGUCUCAUGUUUGUCUUGUAGGUUGUGACUCAGGCGGAAACGUGAGAACAAAUUUUCGAAUGUCCGGAUUGAAAAUAAAAAAGAUUUUUUUCUAUGCGUUUUCGGGAAAACAAAAACAAAACUGAACUCCUUUGCAGGCGGUAUGGACAAUUCAAAGAAAGAAGAGUAUAUUCAAGCCGGCUUAUAACAGCCUAACACUUAGCCUAAGACCAGGCUCAGCAGUUAAUUUUUUUUCGCCUGUUCUCCCCACACUGCCGAGCCUGGUUCCGGCCAACCUGGUACUCAAUGUCUGUACUCCCUUUCUUCCAGACUCUUUGGUCCUUCAUGUUAAGCUAUCACCAAAUAUACAAGUGGCAUGAGCAGUAUGAUCCAGCUAUGCAUCCGAGCGCCACUGGACACGAGGAACCAUCUGCUGAAGCAGCUUACAACAAGAAUUACAUUCAACAGAAACUUGAUCAUGGCCUUAAUAGGAUAUGGAAGGUUUGUUCACUUUUAUUUAUCCCACCUAGGGCUACAAUCACACUAAAUCGUUUCAACUGUGAAUUCAUCAAGGUGGUAUUCCUUACAAAAUGACUUUCAAAUUGGUUUAAUUCAUAUUCUUUUCCGGGGUUUUUGUACUCAGAAGAGCAAAAAUUGAGGCUUUAAACGAGGGAUUUUCAGUGGAAUGAAAGUCAUCGUUGCUGCAACUUUAGUUUUCUCUUUCAAAGGCCCUGUGACUCGUUGCUAACAAUGGUCUAUCUUAAGACGUGAAUAGUUAAGAUGGAUUUACUACAAACGGGAUUCAGACUUACAACAUUUUGUCUAAAGCAACAUUACCAUAGUUGUUUGGGCUUAAGAACCUAGUUCGCAGUUAAAUCUGCCAUUUUAACGAAUUUGAGUUUGGUGUAUAAUGAGUGAAAAAGAUGCGAAAUAAUUUGCAAAGUGUCUAGUGGCCUGCUCUUCCAUUUAUUGAAAAUAAUAACCUAAUCAAAACACUGGAAAGAUGCAUAAAAACACGAAUAUUCUUUGGCCACGUAAAAUGCUUUUUUUCUGAUUUGAGUGACUGAUUUCCUUCCUUUCUCCAGGAAGUCCAGGAGAGAAUAAAAAGUCACGUGUUAUCACAUGAUUUGUCGUAUUUCAAAUAUGACGACUUCAUCUAUGUUUUGGAUCUUGUUAACAGGUAGAACUCUUAUUUUAUGUUUUUAUUUUUGUACUUUUUAUUCAUUAUUAUUUUUGUUCUGGGAAAGCUUUUUUUAAACGAUAUGAGAUCGCCGACAUAGUUCAACUUUUAUGUAAUAUAUCAAACAUGAGAUGCAGUGUUUCAUCACCAGAUGAAACACCGAGAAGAGAGUUGAAAAUACGACGCGCAGCGGAGUAUUUUUGACGAACUUCGAGGUGUUUCAUCUGGUGAUGAAACACUGUGUCGAAUGUUUGAUAUUUCUUCUCAAACAAAAUCAUUUUUUAAGGAGAAAUUAAGGAUGCAAAAAUGAGCAGUUUUUCAUCUGAUAUCCAAACACUCAUUAAACAUUAAUUUCCUUUGAGUUUGAGAAGUUACUGUCAUAUUUAGUUAUCCCUUCUUUAUUAUCGCUGUUUUUUCCUUUUUUUAUCGGGUAGAACUUCCCUUUUACUGUACGUUUUAUUUAUUUAUUUAUUUAUUUGUUUUUUGUUCUGAGAAAGCGUUAUUUAAAUCCUAUUUGAUUGCGGACAUAUAAUAAUAAUAAUUUACCAAUUUAUAUAGCGCGUAUUUACAUGUGCUGAUCAAUAGCGCUUUACAAUCAUAUGUUUAAAAGAAAACGAAAAUACAUUACCGUGAGAAUAAAAUAAACUAAGUUACAAACUAUAAAAAUACUUCUUAAAAAGAUAGGUUUUAAGUCGAGAUUUAAAACUGUUAAGUGACGUUGCCUGACGAAGCUCCACAGGUAGCUCAUUCCAGAGUUUCGGAGCUGCUGCUGAGAAUGAUCUUGCUCCCAAUGUUGUAAGCAUCUUUCCCUUGGGAUGGUCCAAUAAGAGCUUACCAGUAGACCUAAGAUUAUAUAAUGAAUUCGAUUUUAUACUAAUAAGAUCGCUAAGAUAAGUUGGCGCUAGGCCAUAAAUACAUUUGAAAGUCAAAAGUAAAAUCUUAUAGUCAAUACGCAAAGAAACUGGCAGCCAGUGCAGCUCAUAAAGCGCCGGUGUAAUGUGAGAAAACUUUCCAAUGCCAAGAAUAAGUCUUGCUGCUGCAUUUUGUACACGCUGUAAUUUAGCGAUCUGCACAUUUGGUAAGCCAAACAAUAAAUCAUUACAAUAGUCAAGACGGCUGGUUAUAAAAGCAUGAACCAAAGUAAUUAAAGAAUCUCUCGACAGGUAUUUCUUAAUACGUCUCAAGUUAUGUAAAUGAUAAAAUGCCGCAUUACAAGCCUUGUUUAUAUGAUCAGUCAUGCUUAAGUUGCUGUCAAACCACGAUCCAAGGUUUCUAACACAUGGGCUUGGACUGAUACGAUUAUUGCCCACAGUUAUGGAACACGAAUCUAAUUUAUCAAGCUGUUGUCGUGUGUCGACUAACAAAAACUCCGUUUUAUCGUCAUUGAUCAUCAACCUAUCUUGAAUCAUCCAUUUCCUCACCGCGUCAAUGCACUUUUCCAUAGCUUGUAUAGCAUCAGCUUGAGCAGUGUUGCCGAGUGGUUUAAAACUCAGAUACAGCUGCGUAUCAUCAGCGAAACAGUGAGCAUCAGGAAGAUAAUGUUCCACGAUCUUAAACAGCUUGGACGCAUAUAUUAUGAAUAGCAAAGGCCCUAAACAUGAGCCUUGGGGUACCCCGCAGUUCAAGUCAAAAGGACGAGAAAGAACUCCAUGUACAGAAACGCGCUGACUUCUAUCAGACAAGUACGAUCUAAACCAAUUCAGAGCAGUCCCACGUAUGCCAACCUCGUCAGAUAGCCUCUCUAAAAGUAUUCGAUGAUCAACAGUGUCAAAGGCAGCACUGAGAUCCAAUAAAAUUAACAUAGUGACAUGUUGAGAGUUCAUCUUUAACAAAAUAUCGUUCAUCACCUUGAUAAGUGCAGUUUCAGUGCUAUGGAAUUGCCUGUAAGAAGAUUGAAGCGCAGGAAAAAUAGCAUUUGAAACCAUGUGAUCGUAAACUUGAUUAAAAACGACUUUUUCAGUCAACUUGGAUACGUAUUGUAAGUUACUAACUGGUCUGUAAUUUUUGUACAGCAAAUCCAAUCCAGGUUUCUUCAAGAUAGGAUUAAUAAGCCCACAUUAAUGGUUCAACUGAACUUUCAUGUUACUGUCAAAUUUAGUUAUUCCUUCUUCAUUUCUUUUGCUCGUUUUGUGAUUGGUAAAUUUUCGGUCUGAAAUUUAAACACUUUCUUCCGCUUCAAGUACGUCUAUCUGGACAAUAAUAUUGAGUGAGAAAGAGAAUUGGUGAAGUUUUCCAACUUGGAGACAAUUUCGCAAGUGUUCUGUUUGCUUAUUUCCAAUUUUUUUAAAAAGCUCUAAAUGCGUAGUAAAUCCCUUAUCGGGUCCCAUUUCUUGUCCCAUAGAAAUGUUGUUUUCUUAUUUCUUUCCAUAUUGUACGGUCCCCGUUUUCCCUUCUUUGAUUCGCGCACCAUGCACGAAGUGCGCUGGUCGUCAGGUCAGGGAAGAAAACUAAGUCCGCAAUUUUGUAGUAUGGACCUCGAACUCGGCUUAUCUGAGGAACUUAUUUUCGCGAUUUCGGUCUUGCAAAAUUGAUAACCAAUCUUUUAAAAUUGCCGCUUUCGCGAGCACAUAACCUCGCAAAUAGAUUUAUGAUGGGUAAGUUUGUCGUGGUUUUCGUUUUUCUUGGAAAUUGUAUCGUAACUGAAAGGGGUUUUCUUUGCCAGAUUGAUCGCGGUUGGUGAGGAAUUCUGCAGCAGUUCGUCGGAGGACCUUCACGAAUCUAUCAGAAAACAGACUGUUAAAUACUUUAAGACCUACCACCGAACAAGGAUGGAUGAAUUGCGUAUGUUCUUAGAAAAUGAAGCGUGGGAGUUGUGUCCAGUCAAAGCCUCAUUUAAAAUUGUUGAUCUGUCGGUAAGUUCAUGUUAGUCUUUCUUUUUAAAAAUGAAAUGAGCCAUAAAAGCGAUACUGAAUAACGUUUAUCUGUCCUCACGAGAGCACUUUUAAGUUUUGAGCAUGUAAAUUCAAUUCUCAACUUCAGAAACGCGAAGAAAACUGGACCGAAUUAACUUUUGCAAAGACUUCUGGGACUGUUAUUAGGGACAGGUUAGAAAAUUGGCCAAUAGCUGACUGGCGCCUCUUCAUUAGGACCAUAUGUUUGCUUUGUCUGAUGCUCGUGAGCAUUCAUUUUCGCAAGUGCCAUAUUUGGAACGAGAAGAAAAGAUAACUGACCAAUCAAACUUCGUAAACGACAUGACGUAAUUUUACCCCACGUUCCCGCGCCCGCUGAAAAAAAUGGUCGACAAACUGGGAAAAAACUUCCGAAAACUGAAACCAAGAAGCUAACUGAAGUAUUGAGCAGGAAAACCGAGCAAGAGAUCUUUGAGUCCACAAAGGUGAUGGUAGAAACAACGUGGAGCAAACCCCUGGGGUUGGACUCCAAAAAUGAAAUCGCAUUGAACGCGAGUUGCACGUUUCAACCCCUUUAUGAGUUUCUGAUUGUAUACAACAAUAUUGAACACGGGAAGUGCGGAAAAAAAUCGAAAUAUGAUUUUAAAAUACUAAAGGACAGUAACUUGGCUAAAGCCUUGUUCUAUGUGAACAGUUUUGUACGUAAAGAGUGAGACUAAAUUUUGGAACUGACAAACACUUAUGAAAACCCAAAUUAAUACUUUGAAUGUAACAAAUAUUUCAGAUUUAUUUGAUUUUAGUGUCGUAAAAUACAUUGCCUUUGAUAUCGAAAAAUGCAGGGCAUUUUUUCUUUUGGAAAGAACUAUCUUCGAAUUAUUCUAUCCAAAACAAUUUUGUUACCUCUUUUAUUAAUUUCUUCCCUAGCUUGCAGAACAUUAUUUUGUUGUGUUUUUCAGCCGAGAAAAAGGUAAGCGCGAGGCAAGCAUGGAGCGUGAGACACGCACAAUGGGGAAAUGCGAUUUUAGUUCUUUGCCUUCACCUGUCGCGCGUGUCUCGUGUUCCACGCACGCUUCGCACUCACCCCAAGAAUGCGAAAAAUAACGCCCGCUCUGUCGGCUGUACCUUCCCAUAAAGAACUGUAUUGAUUUAUUUUCUUAAGUAAUGCCCUUGCACCAGAAAUUUAGAACUUUGGAACUUUGAUCGUUGUUUCAAACGAUGUGUAUGAUUAAACAUGUUUUUAAUCCACAGGAAUUCCGUUUUAUGAAACAUCAGCAGCAGCCUCAUGUCAAAUAUCACAAACGAACACCGUCUGGAACAGUGCAUGUUACUGCUGAUACAGGUCUGAAAAUCAAGAUGUCUCCUACUAAAAUGUUCCACAAUUGGUUUUGGAUUUAAAGAAGCUGUGUAGGAUUAAUUUAGGUUUCUAGGAAACUGCCCACCUACCCCUUCCCUAACUCAAUGUUAACAUUUGCGUCCCACUUGGGGCAAAAUUUUGGGCUAAGGGAGGGGUAGGUGGGCAGUUCCUCAAAACCUCGAUUAAUCCAAAAUUUCACCGCUGGGGACUGUCACAAAAUGAUUAAAACACAAAAAUAACCGCUCAAAACAUCAAAAGAAGGUAUAAAUAGCCCCGCAAAUACAAAAGGAGGCACAGAGGAACAAACUUGACGAAAAACGGAUUGCAAUUGUGGUUUUUGAAAACUUGUCAGUCUAACACGUUUUCAAACUCUUCAAUUUUGUUGUUUGUACCGUAUGAUGUAAUGCUCGGGGACGUAUUUGUUUGACACGAAGCUGUUAUUUUGUCUAGCCUGCGAGCAAUCUCCCCAAGGCGCUCUGGCGGCCAGGUGGGAAAAGGAAGGAGAGCUUGCAACUUCGUCUCUGGGGUUUGAAUUCCACCUCCAAUCCCACUUUGGCUCCUCGUCGACUGAGCGGUCAGAUUUCCGAAAAUCAGCACGAAGCUGAAACGAGCGUAAAUGUAAACAAACAUUGAAAAACACGUGCCAAGGGUAAUGACGUCAUUACUAAUGCCAUCUCCGCCAAUCAGCAUUUCGCAUCGACUUUUUCGAUGCAGAUAUUCAAAUUCCAGAGACGUAGUUGCGAGCUCUCCUUUCUUUUCCCGCCCCGCCGCCAGAGCGCCCUGGAGAGCUUGCUCGCAGGCCAGAGUUUGCCCGCAUUCACGACUAAUUUCUCCAGUUCCAUAGCGAACAAAAACAUGUUAUUAGCAUUAUUAACAACAUGAACCCUGACGUCACAGCCCUUUUAAUUGUCUGAGUUACACCAAUGCGGCAAAAUGUCAACAGUGACUCGGAAAGGAUUUCCUACCAUUGCCUAUCUCUAGCAAGUUCCACUGACUUGAUGAACUUGUUUUUAAAACAGGAUUCUUCUCGCGCUAUUCAACGCAUGGUAAUCCGUUUGAUGACGUUUAUGUUGAAGACGAGGUGGAAGAUGUUUUAGCAGAAAACGGAGUAAGUUCUGCAAUUUUGUAGAAAGUAGCGAGGAAUUAACUAACUAUUUUUCAUGUACUUGGGCUCGCCAAGUUUGGCAAGGCCACCGCAACAGCGCAGGGCGUUAAAUAUCGUUGUGAACUGCGUGUGUUAUCAGAGAAGUAUGGAUGCUACGCUUUUGGGUUAAUUACAAUGGGUCAGUUGAGUGGCGAGGAAAAAGGCCUUCGGAAAAUGUAACAGAAACAACAAAUUCCUAAGAAAACAACGGGCGUUUUGGGGAGCGCUCAUGCUGGUUUUUUGCACUUGCCCCCCAAACCUCGCCUAAGUGCCAAGGUUACCGGUCGUUUCGAUAUAAAGUCAUUUCGACACAAGUCGUUGCGAUAUAGGUUUAUUCAGUGGAUGUAUAAAUAGUUCCACGUACUUGGCUUAAAGAACCAAGAACAUUCACCAAAGAUGUUUUUCUUGUCGCAAACUUUACUUGAAGUAAACGAAAUUUUUGUGCAGUUUUACCUCCUGAGCUCGUAUCGAAACGACUUUGUAUCGAAACGACCGGUUCCCAGCGCCAACAUUGACCCUUUUUAUGUAGGCUGUUCCACUGUGAACAGUGUAAUCUAUUCAGUGCUAUACUUCAGUUCUUAAAAGGCUCGAGUUCCGUUCUGUUUUGUCCCUGUACUACACAGGUUUCUGGGGAACAGCCCACCUACCCUUCCCCUAAGCCAUCAUUUUGCCCUAAGUGAGAAGUAAGUGUUAAUGUUAGCUUAGGGGAGGGGUAGGUAAGCAGUUUCCCCCAAAACCUAAAUUGAUCCCUACAUUUGAAGGAGGUAGCGGAUGGUGAUGUGAAUGAGAACAAUAAAAGAUCACGUGGGUUAAGUCAGGAAGAUGAUGAAGAGGAUGAUGAAGAUGAUGAUGUUCCAGGUAACAAGCAAUUUUCUGUGGAUGGUUUAUAAAAUUUCUCUUGUAAUGAUUAUGGUACGUAGUGCAAAUAUUUAUGUUCAUAUUGUGGUUUUAUUUUCUCGUCGGUGUAAAUAAUGAUAAAUGAAAUUCGUCAAUACAAAGCCAAGAGAAAACAAAAACAAAUAAACAGAAAAGCUGCAUCGGCAACAGAAAAGAAACCAUAACCGACACAGUACAAUGGAAUUCUGUCAAAACUUUCCACGGUUUUUUUUUUCGACUUUUGACUUGGACCUAUCAACACGGCGAAAAAGAACGCCUUAAAAUUAGGAAAGAUGCUAAUUUUAAACGUGAUUUGUUAAAAACUAUCGAAGAGGUAGCUCCAAAAAAUCGCCGGUUGUUGAAGACGUUUUGCUCCUCACCAUACAAACUUCUGUAAAAUGUCGCGAGUUUGUGAAGCAAUGAAGCAACAUCUUUCUUCACUCACGUUUAACGUAUCACCUUUAAACUUGGUAAGUUUUUUAAUUUCAAAAGGCUCUUUGCAGCAAUGUCAAUGGAUAUUCGCUCACUGGCCUUUAUAAAAACUUUGAAAAAAAUAGAACUUGGAAGGGUCUAUUUUCAUUCAGCGAUGGAAUUCUAGUAACAAGGGGAGAGAAUUAUUACUACAUCACCACCACCACCAUUACCACCACCAUUACCAUCAUCAUCAUCAUCAUCAUCAUCAUCAUCAUCAUCAUCAUUAUCACCACCACCACCACCGUUACCACCAUCAUCAUCAUCAUCAUCGUCAACGACAACACUACCACCACCACCACCAUCACCACCACCAUCAUCAUCAUCAUCGUCAACGACACCACCACCUCCACCACCACCACCACCACCAUCAUCAUCAUCAUCAUCGUCAACACCACCACCACCACCACCACCAUCAUCAUCAUCAUCGUCAUCAUCAAUCACCUCCACCACCACCACCACCACCACCACCAUCAUCAUCAUCAUCAUCGUCAACGACAAUACCACCUCCACCACCACCACCACCACCACCACCACCAUCAUCAUCAUCAUCAUCGUCAACGACAAACCACCACCACCACCACCAUCAUCAUCAUCAUCAUCGUCAACGACACCACCACCACCACCACCACCACCACCAUCAUCAUCAUCGUCGUCAACGACACCACCACCACCACCACCACCACCAUCAUCAUCAUCAUCGUCAACAACACCACCACCUCCACCACCACCACCAUCAUCAUCAUCAUCAUCGUCGUCAACAACACCACCACCACCACCAUCAUCAUCAUCAUCAUCUUCAACGACACCACCACUUUCACCACCACCAUCAUCAUCAUCAUCGUCAACGACAACACCACCACCACCAUCAUCAUCAUCAUCAUCAUUAACAUCAACAGCAUUAACAUCAUUAUCACCAAUAAACUCGUGAUCUCCCUUCUAGAAGGAUACUCUGACAACUAACCGACCAAGGCUUCUUUUGGUGGAAACUAUACACUAUUUCCAAGUAGUAAAUAGAUGACUAGACAGUGAAUAUCUUGAGAUGGUUUUUAGAGGUAUUUAUUUAGUGUUUCCUAACUCUCAUAUUUAGUAUGUUCUUAAAGUGGGGUUGUGACAGUUGUAAUUUUAUUUGCCUUUAUUUUCAUUCCUUAGAGGAACUCAAAUUGGAUUAUGUGGAUGAAAAAACUGGUGAAAUUCCUUCAAGCGGGUUAAGUGCAUUUUUAGUUAAAUUUUUAUUUCUUUUUCUUGGCUUUUGACUUUGGCUAUAUCUAAGAGCAAAAGUUUUAAGGUGGUAAAACGUAUUAUCAUUCAAUGCAAAUUUGUCUUCCUUUUCAUUGGUCGAAAGCCCACCACGUGAGCUGCAAAUAACUGCCUACAAAUAAUGGUCUGUUCAUGCGCAAUGUCGUCCAACUGUGUUUGGCUGCAAAUAAUAUUCUGCCCAUGCAUAAACGAAACCACGCUUUUCUCCCUCUUGCGAUCGUUCUUGGGUGAAAAAAGGCAGAUCGCUUCACUUCCCGAAGAUAUUCAUUAAAAAACAAACUUGGUGAUCGAAUGAUAAAACAUUUAUCCCCUUGGUGAUGGUUUUCCUUAUUCCCCUAAUCUGUUUGCCUUCCAAUGUAUUGGUUAAUGUUAGGAGUAUUUCUAAUCUAAUCAUUUUCUUGUGAUAGGUCUGAGACGUCUGCAAACAGCAGAAAGCAUCAGAAAUUUCUGUCCAAAGUUCCUUGUAUCACCAACACCACUCUUAACGUUCUGAGAGUCUUCGGUGAGUUAGCCCGUAGUCCGAGGAGGCGUAACCUCUCAUAAUCUCCUAUAGUUUCUGUUAGGUCUCCUUGCCUCUUCUUUUUUCUACUUAUCUUAUAUUUUUGCAAUUACUAUCAUUGUGUGGCAAAUAAACAAAAAUAGACAAAUAAAAAAUGAGCUCAUGAUUGAGAAAUAAUAACCCAAGGUCCGUUUAUGAAAAUGCUCUGUUAAGUUGGUCUUUCAAAUAGGACAGGUCAGUUGCAAUAAAAGUCGGAUCACGUGUACUGUCGACCAGAGACUAACGGUGGAUUUCCACUGCCGCGUAAAUUCUACGUGAGAACGCACGUAAAUUUUACGCGCGUAAAUGAAAUACAGGCAAUGUAUGUAGUGUCGGGCGUAAACGUAAAAGUUGAUUGAAGUUCAACUUUUGUGUUUACGAGCGACCUUUGAUACAUUGCCCCUAAUUAUUAACGAACGUGAAAUUUACGCGCGUACGCAUGUAAAAAUUACGCGUCAGUGGAAAUCCUCCGUAACUGAGGACACCCAUGGUUGUGACACGUGUUUUUCUCAGUCUAUGAGCAACUCGGGGCCAUAAUUAUCUUGCUUGUUUAAACACUAUCGCUACAUGUCACUUGGCCUUUUAAAGGCACCAAGCACGGUUUGCAUUAACUUUCACUUCCAAAAUUUGUGUUACAGGUAAAUAUAUGCAGAUGAUGAACGUACUAAAGCCCAUUGCAUUUGAUGUGGUCAUCUGCAUGUCGCAGUUGUUCGAUUACUACUUGUUUUCUGUGAGUGUUUAUCUUAUGCUAUUUUGCACUGGUUCGUGUGCGGUCGUAUCCACCGUGACACAUUACUGACUACAGAUAAUCUUAUUUGAGUGUCAUACAUAAGCAGUUCGUCUAAACUAAAGUCAGUUAGGGCAAAUUCUAAGGGUAUUUACCAUUUGUCAGAACUGGCUUGACAGACCAGUCCCGUCUUAAGGAUAAUUCCACCAUUAAUCGGAACUAUCCUGUAUCCUACACUGUUCACAGUCUCCUAUUUUUCAGUAUGAUCGCCGAGAUCGAGCGCUUUGCGUUACGGCCAGCCAUCUUGGAUGAGUAUCAAAACUACUUUGGGGGCGGGGGCGGUUUGGCGUAACGCACAGGGCUCGAUCUCGGUGAAAUAGGGGACUGUGAACAGUUUACCUGUAUCCAUCUAGAUCGCUGUUUUCCUAACUGGUGUGCACCGCAAUGAUGAGUUUAAGUAAAAAUUUCGAGGAAAAAAACUAAUAUUUUAUUUUCAAAAUGACCGGUUUGGCCGGCCUGUUCUGACCUUUUGUAACUGCCCCAAGUUUGGACUUUUGAUGUUACCAGGUUUAAGGGCGUCAGGCUAUCAAACUAGCACCAAGGACGUUCUUUCCUCCUUUAAUUCUUCACUCAGCCCUUCGCCUUGCAAAUCAAAUUCGUUUGAGUUACAAAAAUAAAACUUUGGGGGCCAGCAUUUCAAACCAGUGUUUGAAUGUACAACCUUGAAAUGGCCCGUUAGGAAACUCUCAGAGAGGGGGGUGGGGGAAAUGACUGCUUCCAGUUCACACAAGUACCGUGUUUAAAAGUGCCAAAAUGUGACACUUUGGCACCACAUCAACCCGAUACUACGAGAACUUCAAUGGCUCCCUGAUGACCAACCUUUUGUUUAUAAAAUCCGUUUUUUUCCUAUAAAGGUCUCUAUCACUCAGCACCUCUUUAUAUACAGUACCUGCUGACUAUUUCCUAUCAGAAACGCAACCCGUUUGAUCGUCUUCGUCAAAUCUACAUGUUACUCCCUUCUCCAAUUUGAAAGCAUGUGGAGACUUAAAAUAGUAGCAUUUUUAGACAUACUUUUAUCCAGUGUCGUUGAAAACAAAACAGACAGAACCAGUUGUAUAUAACUGCAUUUAAUGACAGGGCUUAUCGUUCUGUUUUCAAAUAUCUGUCUUUUUACUCUUUCUUAGGUUGCGUCCUUUUUCGCCCCGGAGGUGAUGGUAAGACUAAUAGAGAGAUUUUCUCCAUUUACUUAGUUAGAGAUUUCGAGCUUGCCUAGUCCCUGUACGGCGUUUUCCCAGUCCCUCUCGGUCAAUUCACAUUUUCGCUUGGACCACGUGACCCGAAACGCUUUGGCCGCGCGGAAUAAUGAGGCUUAGGAACUAGGCAAAUUAAGAGCCACGUUUACGACAAGCGAAAACGUCCAUUUGUACCACGUGACCAAGUUUUCCCUUUGCUUAUCGUUUACGUUUUAUUGAAUUGACAUUUAAAUGAGCAUUUUCAUGUGUCAGCCAAAGAAUUUUGGUAGACUGUUUUUGUCUGCUGAUUUCCUAACAUGACCAAUUGUCGUCUUGUGUGUGACUUUUGCCGUUUGCCCUUUGCCGUAAAAGUGAUCCUUCACCGCUCUAUUCUUAACCCCCCCUUUUUCUGUUGCACUUAUAAUUAGCUUGUAAGUUUGGUAGUCGAAGCCCUUAGUCCGGUCAAAUCUUCAUCUCAUAAGCGAACAACUGUUGUAAGCAACCACCAAAUUGUGGCAGUUAGCUGAUCGAUUACGGUAGAAUUACUGCUUGUUGACAUUCAUAGCGGGGCUCCCGCGCGCGCGAAGCGCGCGUGGGACAGAGCCCCAUACCCAUGGAAUAUGGUCAACCUCUUUUCGUUUGGUUGUCACGUGAUUGACCGAGCGUACGUACGUACGUACGUACGUACGUACGCGUCUACAGAUUGUAUGGGUGGGGUAGGGGAGACUAUCAAAAGGAAGGGAGGGGUGUCUCAGGCGUGUCUUGGCAAGCCCACAUCUUUAAUAUAGGACAUUAACAAUAUGGUCAAUUGACAGCUGUCCAAACAGGAUAGCCACUGACCAGUAUCCCAUGACCAUAUCGCGGGCUCAUGUGUCAACUCAUCGAGGUGACGUGAUUUAUUUGGAAGCUGUCCGCUGACCAGUUAACUGUUUUACUAGAUCGCGAACAACGUUCAAUCUCAUACUUUUACUAGUUUGGGAGCACAGGAAAACUGAUAAUGCACGGCUGCUAUAAUGCACACAUAUUGGACAUCAAUGUUUUGAUCAAUUGACAGCUGUCAAAACAGAGUACCCGCUGACCAGUAUCACUUGACCGUAUCGCGGGCUCAGGUGUCGACCCGUCGAGGUCAAGUAUUUUUUGAAGUUAUCCGCUGACAAGUAAACUAGUUUUCAAGUGAUCGCAGGCUCAAGUUAAUUUUUUUUCUUAAUUCAUAUGAAAUAUGUUGUGUUUAUGUGCUGCACAAUUAAAAUUUUGAUUGCAAACUGACCUCGGACGUGAAAAUUCAGCCAGCUGUUACAGGCAGGGAAGACAGUUGCUUUUGUUUUUUCUCACAAUGGUCACGCGUUGGUCACGCUCUACGUGAGUUCAUGCGCAAAAUUUAUGCAGCAUCUUGAAUCUUGUUUACUUUAACAGCUGAAGCUGACAGAGUUUUGUGUCAACUUGUGAUGUUUUUAACUGUCUUUUUCCACUGGAUGUACAAAAUGAAAUUCAGCUGCUAUCAGGAGUCUUCUGUUACUCAUGGCUAGUUUGUUUAUUGGGUUUUUGGUUGAGAAAACGUCGCUUGUCAAAGUCGGAAAUCCGAUUUCGGAUGACAUCGUUUUCGUUUUCACCUUGCUUGAUGCGAAGAGGAUUGCAAAGUCUGAAGCGAUACUGGCUUUACCUGAUAACUUUCAGGAGCUGCAUCUCGAAUGGUAAGCCAGAGAAAUUAUUGUAUUUCAUGUUUGUUUUUUGUAUCUAAUUUAAUGAAGUGGAGCGUAGUUUAUGCGGGAAUUUAGUUUAUGCGCGUUUGUAAGUUUUGAGACAACGAUCUCACCGAGUAUCUGGUUUGAUAUAAUCUUACAGAACUUUAAAAAGCCUUUAGACAGUUUCUCACCGCAAAUAGAAAGAAAAUGUUCCAAAGAAUCUUUAGUUAUAAUUCUAGCCGGAAAAGAAAGCUUUGAGCGAUUUUUCUUGCCUCGAGUUCGUCUUUGAAAAAACAAACACCGGGAAGCUGGCUUAAAACAUAAACUUCAGCAAACUUAAGCUUGAAGCUUGAAGACUCAGGAUAUUUAGGGACACUUUAAUACUUGUCUUCCUGAAUGAAAAUUGUUGUCUCUGUUUAUGUUUCACCGAAUUAUAUUUCUUUUAUUGAUUGUUGGUAGUCUCUCUUGCAAUUUUAAUCGCUAUGCCGAUUGUUUUCAGUCGUUCAGUGAACAUCGCUUGCAGGAGUUCUCAAAAUGCCGCGCGUUAAACCAUCAAAUAAAAAAUAAACAUGAUAAAUUCUUUAUUAUCUUGGAGCGUAACUCUGUUAAUGUUCAUUCAAACACUCGCUAGAGCUCGCACUACAAAAGUGAGAACCGGAUGGCCGUAUAGGUGAUUUUGGAAAAUUUUUUUAACAGUUUAUGAAUAUUGAAUGAGAGCAAUUUGUAUUGUGAAAUACUGCUUUCUGUCCAUGGUAUAAAAGGUUGGUUUACACGCACCCAGAUUUGUUGGCAAGAUUUUGCAAAGUAAACUUGUCGAACGCCAAAACGUUGGCCUGAUUUUUUUUCUAAGCCUAAUUGAUCUACGGUGAUCAAUAGCCAUUACGGCUCUUAAAUGUGAUAAAAGGUGAUUACCAGUUUUUGAGUGUUCAUAUGAGGCUAUCAACUCGAUGUAAGAUUUGGUUCACUCUUGGGCUGUUUGCAAAUUAUUUUUCUCUAAAAUCAGGUAGCCUUUCCCUCAAAAGUCACAGAAAUGUGCUCUAAAGUUAACUGAAUUGUGGAAUUUGAAUACAAGUUUAUUGUUUAAUUUAAAUUAUAAAUUUACUAAUGGGAGCCUCGCUUUUAGCCCUGGCUAAAUCUAUAUAUUAGACUUCUAUUAACUGUAGCAGAAUACCCAGCACUUUUUUUCAGUUUAACUCUCCUAAAAUCAUUUUCCUUCAGAGUAAAAACAGUUACUAUUUGAGUUAAGCAAAGAAUUCAUACAUUUAAUGGCAAAGCAAGAAACAGAAAAUGAACCAUAAUCUUUCACACGUAAUCAGUUGGUUUUCAAGUAAUUCCUGCUCUCUCUUUGUUCCUUUAGGUAGAUGGCAGCGCCCAUGGUUUGAGUAUUAAGUUAAGAACAAGUUUAAAGAGAAUCUCCGACAAUCUCAUUCAACAUGUAAGUCAGCCGUCAAAAUAUCUUGCCGUACUGCGUGGAAUUUUCCUUGCUUUAUUAAUGAAGAGUUGCAUUCGAAAGAAAAAAAAUGCCUUGAGUAAAGCUUUUGUCCCCGAAUGCGUCUCACUUAAACUUAAGCUUUCUCGCUUAUCGCUAUUUUCUUUCUCAUACAGGAACAACCCGAGACGUUGAACAGUGGAAACGACAUGAAGGUAUGAAGUCAAAAACUGUUUGUUAUAUGUAUGGUGCUUUCGCGUUGAGUUAAUGGCUCAUUACAUAAGAUCCUUUUUUAGGUUCAAAUCCGUCAUAUAGGAUAGAGGAGAGCGGUUUAGAGAUCUCACGACCCCGAAAAAGUAGCCUUGUAGCGGGGGCACGAGACAUUCAGGACGCAAAUAAGAACGGCUACGUUGACUGCGAAGGAAGAAGACGCGCGAGAAGAAAGAGGAAGCUACUGACGUAUCCUCCGCUCUCUCGCACACAUUUCAUAGCUUAAAACAGUGGUUUUCUAAGACUCCUCACUGAGCGCCAAAGUAGAAUAGGGGGACAAAUAGAUAAAUACACAGUAAGGGCAAUGAGCUCAGUCAGUACUCCUGUCUUUUCCCGUUGUUUACAUAGUAUGUAGUCCUUCGUGUGUCUUCACUUAUCAGGCGCUCCAUAUCUCAUAAACAGUAGUUAUAUUGGACAAAUGACUUUUCGCCUUUGUUUAGUGACUGAAAUUAGAAUAGUGAGACAAAUAAAGAAUAAAAUAGACAGUGAGGGAAAUGAGCUCAAUCAGUGCAUCAAAAUACAGCAAUUUUUAUUUCGUGUCCCAUUGUUUACUCAGUGUGUAUUCCUUCGUGUGUCUUCACUUAUCACGCGCCCCAUGUUCUUAAACAGUCGUUUUAUACACCUCACCUGGUGCCCGUGCGGUUUAGUGACUGAAAUCAGAAUUGUGAGGCAAAUAAAUUGAUUUAGUAUAUACUAAAACAGUGGAUAGUGUUUUUCACGCGCUCUGAUUGGCUACUCAAUCAGUGAAUAUCCUGCACUAUUCACUGAUUCACCUCCAGUUCCUCCGCUCGAGCGACGCCAAACUCGCGUAAGUUGCGAGCAAAAUGCCUUCCCGGUUUGCUGCCGUAAACAAACAAAGAAAUUUCACAACUAAUCAAGCAAGCUGUUUCCAAAAUACACGAAGAUGGUGACGAAGUUCGGAUUGGAAGUUUUAACAGGUAAAGCUUUGUCUUUUUGACACGAAUUUAUCGAUAAAACCGGUGAAAAAAUUUUUGUUUACAAAUGCAAAUUAAGUUUAAGUCUUGCGUUACUUUACUUAGUUGAGUUGUUCAUAAAUAAGCUUAAAACUAAAUUUAAUAAUCUUUUGUUAUAGAAUGAUUUUAAAUACAAAAAGAAUGCACACCUUUUUUUGAAGAAAUUUCCCCGCAAGAGCUAAACAAAUGUCUGCAAAAGUUUUAAUUGUCGGCAAGAAAAAGCGACGGCCGCGGCCGCCCGGUCAUUACGCGCCAAAAUUGUAAUCGUUGGCAACAGUAUUUGAGUUAAAAAUCAUCAUUUUUGUGCUCAAUUAUCUCACUGUUUUAGUAUAUACUAAAACAAUUAUUCACCUCAGUGUCGGUGGCUAGUUGUGGAUAUUUACCUCACUGCUUCGCAGUUCGGUAAAAUAUCCACGACUAGCCACCUCCACUUCGGUGAAUAAUUGUUAUAUGUUCUUAAACAGUCGUUUUAUACACCCAGCUGGCGCCCCUGCGGUUUAGUGACUGAAAUCAGAAUUGUGAGGCAAAUUAAUUACUAGACUGUAGGGGCAGAAAGCUCAAUUAUUGCAUCAAAACAUAACAAUUUUCCUUUUCUUUCCCUAGCUUUGUUUACUCAUUAUGUGUUCCUUUGUGUGUCUUCAGGUUCUUCAUCCCUAUCUGUCUGCUCUUGUGGACCUUUCUCGAGUUGAAACAAUGUUUGGCUUGUCAGAAAGAAUCAUUGCCACGGAAUCACUGUAAGUUGUUCGAAUAGACCUUUUUACCUGCACGGCAGCCAUAUUGAAUUUAUUAGAUUUAAGGAGUAUUAUGGGAUGCCCAGGCGGCACUCGCUCAGUAUUUACGCGGGCUUCUCGGGCAAAAAGAGAACUUCACUAUGUAUUUCUCGGGAAAAAGACGAUCAUUAUCACAUCCAACACGGCACAACCAUCUUUUUUUUCCCAUUACAACCUUUUUCUAGGAAAUCUUAAAGAAAAAUUUGCCCGAAAAGCGGGCGUAAAUACGGGGCGAGUAUAUCGGAUCGUGCUCAUGUGCCCUGUGCAUCCCAUAAUACUCCUUAAAUCUAAUAAAUUCAAUAUCGCCGACGUAUGGGCAAAAAGGCCUAUUAAAUCAAAAUAUUUGAGAACACAAAAUUCUGUGUUAGUUUUGAAACGCCCCAGUUUUUCCUUCCCUUUCAAAUCCUUCCUUUUGGUGGUAAUUAAAUAGCUAUAUUUCCUUAGUUUUGUGAGGCCUGUUGUACGAAUUAGAGUGAUGACUUAUGGGUCUUGGCAUUGAUUCUGUUUCUCUUUCCUUGGGCUGCAGAAUAUUUUUAGCUGGACAGUUCGAAUUUCUUCAUCAACAUCUUGAGGCGAUGAUUCCUGCGAACAAAAGAGCAUUUCUUUCCCAGUUUUACUCUCAGGUAAGUGGACUUACGCAUCUUUACGGAACAAAUGCGUUGAAAAUAGUUUUGUUCACGCGAAAAUGAAAGUAGUCUGAGACUAUUGCUGCCAACCGAGUUGAGAAGACCACUCAACAAAUGCUUCAACCCCAAUUCUGAGAAAUACAAAAAAAGGUUUAAGGUUUGUUUAUAGUGGAAAGAAGUUUACUUCUAAAGCUUAUCCACUCCAUUCAAAUAAUUAGAAACAAUUAAUUUAAAUCAAGAGAGAAUGAUCUAGCUCAUUCUCUCUUGUUCAAAUAUAACAUUACAGGAUUAAAACCCCCAGCUGGCAGGAGGCAACCAAUUGCCUAUUUACAAGCAUGGUCGAAGACUUGACUCGGGAAAACCCAGAACAAUUCCAGCCAGUGGCCAGAGCUGGACUUGAAACCCGGAACCGCCGGAUUGAGAGUCUGACGCGCUGACCACUCGGCCACGCUGCCCCCUUGACGACCUUUUUGUCGAAGUGUGAUAAAUAAAUAAAAACACUCUCAAGGUAGCUAGAGAACGUUGGACGUUUAAUCAGAAUCUUGUAUUCCUAUCCUCAGACGGUGAGCACUGUACAAGAGCUUAGAAGACCAGUGUACAGAAGUGUGGCCGCUAGAGUUAUUGAUUACGAUCAGGUAAGUCAAUUAAUACGUAACAAAUUAGGUCUUACUUCUACUUAAACCCUGGCGAAAAAUGUUGGAAGAUGUGGUUGGGGUGUGCGGCCUGCUUCUUGCUUCCUUUCCAAAAUAUGCGAUUUCCCCGCCUAUUUUAGACCUAAACCACUGUUUUCUAGAGACGAAUAGUACAAACGUCUACCCAAAGGGUUCAAACAUUUACCUAGUUUCAGACCGAAAGGGGUCAGACGCUCCCCCCACCCCAUCUCUGCUAUAUAUGCAUGGUAAUGGUUCUAACAUAGUUGUAAUAUAAUUCCACUGAAAGAUGAAGGGCUACGCCUGAACCUUUGGGAAGUAACUCCAUAUAAAACACGGCACUUUUGUUCAUCCUUUUUAAUGAACAUUUCCUUCACUAGCUUAUGUAAUGGCAAUUUUAACUGGAUUUUUCUCUGACCUUAGAGCAAAAUCUCUUUAACAACUCACAUUUUGCAGAGUUAAUCAUGUCGCGUCGAUUUUUGAGCUUGGGUUUUCAGUCAGAAUGUUAUGGCCUCAAGAGAGGAAGUGCUACCUUUCUUCACCGUCAGAAUUCGGAGACAAACUUGAACGAGUGGUUUCUGCGUAUCUGCGGCUUGUUACAUCAUCCACAUUUGUUUAGCUCCCGACGAGGACGACUACGAGUACAAAAUUUUCUCCGUAGUACUAAGUAGUGCUCUUGCAUGGACCAACGUCAUUUUGGCGGGAAAACGUGAUAGCCGUCGUCAUGCUACUACGAGUUUUAGCAAGAAUGGCGUAGGGGCGGGAACAAGUCAUCAAAUGUUAGAAGUUUAAUCAUUUUGCAACCGGGAAAGGGCUAAACCUUCUCCAAUAAGAAUAACCGCACAAAUUUUUCAGGUGAAAAAUUGUACAAUGAAGCUUUCCGGGUUGAAUAUUUUUCGACAAUACGCGAAAAAACUUUAAGUUAAAUCUGUAAUCGUAGUCGUUCUUGUCCUCAAAUCUAAAGUUCUCUAUUCUUUCGUGUUUUCAGACGCUACAGAAGAUGAUGGGAGUCAGGUGGGACAUCCGGGACAUCAUGUCACAACACAACGCCUACGUGGACAUGUUAGUGCGGGUAAUGCAACGCACUCCUUACUUUUAGUUCCAUGUUUCACCAGUACCACUGUUACAGAGAGCCAAUUGUUAUCAUUUUCAGUACUACCUACCGCAUCAGCUGUGGUUAUUAUGAUCGUAACAUGAAACUUGUAACAAGGGGAAAUCGGCGCCAGGGAGUCCUAAACUUUCUUCCCAUAUUCUCAGUAAAAUGACCUCUGUUUUGUAGACAUCCGUAUUAAGAGUAUUUUAGCGAGGCUCCAAACGGGUAUUUUUUGCUCCCCUUGUGGUGCUAGGGAAACCGGUCGUUUCGAUACAAACUCAAGCAGUGAAAUUGCACAAACAUUUUUUUCACUUCAAUCAUAAUCUGCGAGUGAACAAGAAAAGAAUUUUGGGCGAAUAUCUUCGUUCUUUAAACCAAGUACGUGGAACUAUUUACACCUCAAAUGAAUAAACUUGUAUCGAAACGACUUGUAUCGAAACGACCGGUAACCGGUGCUAGGGUGGUGGAGUGGUGAGAUCACUCGCCUCCCUCGCCUUCGUAUCCAUACGAAGGUUGAGUUUGAGCGGCCAGUUAAGCGCAAUUAGUUUUGAAGUUGAGUUAUCUUAUCGUGUACCUUUUUAACCAGGUAAAAUAACUCUGCGUUUGUUCGCCCUGUAUUCUACUCAUUUAAUGACUCGAUCAGUUAUUUCCUUUUUUUUGCACAACAGGAAUUACAAGUUUUUAGCAUGAGGCUUGCUCAGCUGGCAAAGUAAGUACAAAACGGUAAAAGUCACUUCAGGAUUGUUUUUGUUUUGUUCCAUUUCCAGUAACAAUGACAGAAAACGUUGUCGGGCGGGAGGGCGUAGGGAAGAUAAUACCUCUAUACCUAUGGUGCCAAUACUAACAUUAUCCUCCCCUCCCCCCCACCCAAUUCAUACAAUUUUCGGUUCUGGUAUCGGGCGUAAAUUUUAUGAUGUUAAAGACGGUAUCGUCGGUCUCCGGAAUGAUAAAGGUACUUCUAUGAACGACAAAAAAAAACCACAUAAACGAUAGGAGAAAGUCUAGGAGAAUCUUGUAAGAAGUUCCAUAACCAUACCUUGUGUGUCUUUGUGGUGUUAAAAUAGUUUCUCAUUGAAGCUUUUACUGGACGUGCAAUUCAUUGUUUCACGAUUCAAUAUGGGUUGAUUUGUUUUUCUGUACAAUGAUUGAUCCGAAAUAAACAUACCAGCGCAUUAGACGGCGUGUUAUUGUGAUUGAAGAUUGUAUUUGCUGCUGUGCAAUAUUUUUCAAGUAAAUAAUUUGUUCCUGUCGUUGUUUGUGGUAUCCUCGAAUUUUAGUCAAGAAAUGCACUAGCUAACUACAUUACAAGUAUCAACUUGAACGUCUGCUAAGAAAACUAACCUUGGCAGGUUACUAAUAUACUUGACUCUCUUCAGACAAAUCCCAGUACCACAGGAGGCGCGAACUGUAUUAUGGGAUCAUUGUGUUCGUCUGGUGAAUAGAACCUUUGUGGAAGGGUGAGAAUUUCAAUUCAAAGUUUCUUAUUUCUAACAAUGCAUUGCUUAGAACUGAUCAGGGCUGUCGCUGACAUUUUGCUGCUUUGUUGCCUAAGUGAUAGGCCAUUUGCACGAUGGCGUCAUUUUACUACUACUACCAUAACUGCCAUAAUCCUUCAGGGUAUUGUUUUCUUGUGCGAAUUAGGGCUUUUGUUAUGUAAACCUCACUGGGAUGACGAAAUUUGAAUAUGAAAGAAAAAACGAAAUGAAUUCUGGUCUAGGUAGUGAAAAGACGUCAUGGUGCAGAUGACCUAUUAUCUCCCCUCUAAAAAAAUUUUGCGUAACAGGAGCAAUGGGAUUAACCAGCAAUGUGGUUGUCAUGGUUACCUCUCAUAUCCAUGAUAGCAUUUUCUGGCGCCGAGGAAGCAAUGUUUGUGUUCGCAGCAGUUGUUUCCCGUGUGCUUAAACAGUCCAACGUCUUCUUCCACCAUAAAGUUUUGUAGUUUAACCAAGCCCUUAUGUGAUAGAACGAUUCUCGCAAGACCUACUUAACAACAGGCUGGAAAAAGUCCAAUGUUGUACAAAAAUGAAACCUGACUACGAUAGACGACUGACUAUUUUACCUUUUUCCCCAAGGUUUGCAAGCGCCAAGAAAUGCAGCAAUGAGGGAAGAGCAUUGAUGCAGCUUGAUUUUCAGCAGUACCUCAUGAAACUGGAGAAACUUACUGAUAUACGGUAAGAGAGGGACUGAGACCCAGUAGCCUGCGUAGCUGGCGGCAUGUUUAGCUUCGCUGCUGUUCUCGCGUGCUUCGCGCGCGUUUUUACAACUGUUUUUUUUUUUCUCUCGCCAAGCAAGCGUCAUCUACGCAGGCUAAGGGCGAGUCUUUUAUUGUAUCUGUAACGCAAGUGCAUUGAAAAACUGUCAUUCCUCUUUUAUGCUAGACUAUGAUUUUGAUUGCCGUUGUCUCAUGGUUCUUUUUACAGACCAAUACCUGACCGAGAGUUUGUCGAAACCUACGUGAAAGCAUUUUAUCUGACAGAAAAUGAAAUGGAAAGAUGGAUACGAGAGCAUAAGGUGAUUUUCGGAAUGAUUCUCUUCAAUCUUAGUUUAAGGGAGCAGUAAACGAGACCGAAUGAAUACUUGAGUGAAUCCUUCUGUCAUCCCCAUUCUCAAAACCCCUAAUGAUAUAGGCAUUCCCUGCGACCCUAACACCUAGCCCUAACCCAAAAUAUGAGGAUGCCCAUAUCCCUAGGGUUUUGGAAAUGGGGAUGCCCAAAACGCGGGGAUACCGAUAUCACUGUAACACCCCACUCCAGAAACUGUAAGGGGAGUGAGUACAAGCUUUUGGCGCAACGAUUUCUGGGAUCGCUUGGACGGUCAAGCGUUACUUAUGAUUGGUUAAUGGUUGUCUUGGAUACCAUCGACCAAUCAUAACUAACGCCUGUCCGCACAAACAAUCCCAGAAAUCGCUGCACCAAAAGCUUGUACCCAUUCCCCUUAUUCUGGAGUGGGGAAUUAGCUUAAAGGGGAAAACAGAACCGAAUAGUCGCAAGCGAAAUAUGGCGGGAGCAGAGGAGAAGUUUUAAAGUUUCUUGUGUCGUGUAAAUUCCUUUGAAAUCUUUGAGUUGUAUUACCUGCAAUAGACGUUCAAGGGAAUUAAAAAGUUUACGAUCCUUUUAUAAAUUCUCCAUGACUUAGACCAAGAGAGGAUAAAGGGGACGGAGAGAACAUCUCCCAUACACACCCUAUUCCAUAGGUAAUUCGUCUCGAGUUAUUUUUAAGACCACAGAUCCCAAGGAGGA